AUGGCCGCUUCAGCACAACAUGCAUCUAAGUUCAAUCGGUUUUUAAACUCCGAAACCGGGCCGAAAACCGUACAUUUCUGGGCUCCAGUGUUGAAAUGGGCCCUUGUGGUAGCUGGUAUUAAUGAUUUACAAAGACCAGUAGAGAAGAUCUCUGGUACCCAACAAAUAGCAUUGUUUUGCACCGGUGUGAUCUGGACCCGUUGGGCCGGGUUCGUUAUCAAACCCCGGAACAUGUUAUUGGCCAGUGUCAACUUCUUCUUGGGUGGUGUGGCCGGUUACCAGUUGGUUCGUAUCGUCAACUAUAGAAAGGCUGAGGGGGACUCUCCAGCCCAAGUAUUCCGUUAUAUCUUCAAUGGUUCAGAAGAGAAGGCUAUUCAAAACCAACAAGCAAAGACCGAGUAG